CAAGGGAUCUGGUGGGGACGCCCCUGGUCCGGGCCUGCUCGGCGCCCCCCAAAGGCCGAGAGGCACGCUACAGCCUGUUCAAUGUUCCCGUUCCGUGACGUCACGCGGCCACUUUCCCAGGCUGGCUGCGUGCGGGACUGGGAGGCGACGAGGGCGGCUGCUAUCAUACUAAGGCCACGCAGCGGCUGGCUCGCUUCGCUCACCUGCACUUCCGCCUUCGGAGGAGUUGGUCGGGAAUUGACUCGGCCCGCCGGACGCCCGCAGAAUCGAGAUGGAGGACGGCAAACCUGUGUGGGCGCCGCACCCGGCCGACGGCUUCCAGCUGGCGACCAUCGUGGACAUCGGCGCCGACAGCCUCACCCUGCAGCCCCUCAAGCGCGAUGCCAAGACGUUGGUGGCUGCCGUCAGUCAAGUGUUCCCUGCCGAGGAUGACGCGGACAAACACGUGGAGGACAACUGUUCCUUGAUGUACCUCAACGAAGCCACGCUGCUCAACAACGUGCGCGUCAGAUACAGCAAAGACAAAAUCUACACCUUCGUAGCCAACAUCUUGAUCGCCGUCAACCCGUACUACGACCUCCCCAAGCUCUACUCGCCGGAGACCAUCCAGCAGUACCGCGGACGCUCGCUGGGGACGCUCCCGCCGCACGUCUACGCCAUCGCCGACAAGGCCUACAGGGACAUGAGGGUUCUGAAGAUGAGUCAGUCCAUCAUCGUCUCAGGAGAGUCCGGCGCCGGCAAGACGGAGAACACCAAGUUUGUGCUGAGGUACCUGACCUCGUCGUACGGGACGGGCCAGGACAUCGACGAGAGGAUCGUGGAGGCAAACCCCCUGUUGGAGGCCUUCGGCAACGCCAAGACCGUGCGCAACAACAACAGCAGCCGCUUUGGCAAGUUUGUGGAGAUACACUUCAAUGAAAAGAACGCGGUGGUGGGCGGCUUCGUGUCGCACUACCUUCUGGAGAAGUCUCGCAUCUGCCGCCAGAGCACCGAGGAGAGGAACUACCACAUCUUCUACCGCCUGUGCGCCGGAGCGCCCGAUGACAUCCGGCUCAAGUUUCACCUCAGCUCGCCAGAUACGUUCAGGUACCUGAACAGAGGGUGCACUCGCUUCUUUGCAUCCAAGGAGACGAACAAGCAGAUCCCGGACAACCGCAAAAGUUCAGAGCACGUGAAGGCGGGCCCGCUGAAGGAUCCCCUGCUGGACGACCACGGCGACUUCCAGCGUAUGCUGGUGGCCAUGAAGAAGAUCGGCCUGGAUGACGUGGAGAAGUUGGACUUGUUCCGCGUGGUGGCCGGUGUGCUGCACCUAGGCAACGUUGACUUUGAGGAGGCGGGAAACACCUCGGGCGGCUGCAGCAUCAAGAAGCAGUCGGACCCACCGCUGCAACACUGCGCCGAGCUGCUGGGUCUGGACCAGCUGGAGCUGCGAGGAAGCCUCACCUCCAGGGUCAUGCUCACCACAGCAGGGGGCGCCAAAGGAACCGUCAUCAAGGUUCCUUUGAAAGUGGAGCAGGCCAACAACGCUCGCGACGCCUUGGCCAAGGCCGUGUACAGCCGGCUCUUUGACCACGUGGUCACCAGGGUCAACCGCUGCUUCCCCUUCCAGUCGUCGGCCAACUUCAUCGGCGUCUUGGACAUCGCCGGCUUCGAGUACUUUGAGCACAACAGCUUCGAGCAGUUCUGCAUCAACUACUGCAACGAGAAGCUGCAGCAGUUCUUCAAUGAGCGCAUCCUAAAAGAGGAGCAAGAGCUGUACCAGAGGGAGGGGCUGGGAGUCAACGAGGUUCACUACGUGGACAACCAGGACUGCAUCGACCUGGUGGAGGCCAAGGUGCUGGGAAUCCUGGACAUCCUGGAUGAGGAAAACCGACUCCCGCAGCCCAGCGACCAGCACUUUGCCGACACGGUGCACAACAAGCACAAGAACCACUUCCGCUUGACCGUACCGCGAAAGUCGAAGCUGGCCGUCCACAGAAACGUGAGGGACGACGAAGGCUUCAUCAUCAGACACUUUGCAGGAGCCGUCUGCUACGAGACGAACAAGUUUGUGGAGAAGAACAACGAUGCUCUGCACACGUCGCUGGAAUGUCUGCUGAGCGAGUCCAGCGACCGAUUCAUCCGAGAACUCUUUGACAAUGCCAACGACGCCAAGCAGAGGGCCGGGAAACUGGGAUUCAUCAGCGUGGGCAACAAGUUCAAGACUCAGCUGAACAUUCUUCUGGACAAGCUGCGCAGUACGGGCUCCAGUUUCAUCCGCUGCAUCAAACCCAACUUGAAGAUGAUCAGUCACCAGUUUGAAGGCGCUCAGAUCCUCUCCCAGCUGCAGUGCUCGGGUAUGGUGUCCGUGCUGGACCUGAUGCAGGGCGGCUUCCCCUCCAGGGCUCCUUUCCACGAACUCUACAACAUGUACAAGAAGUACAUGCCCCCCAAGCUGACCCGCCUGGACCCGCGCCUCUUCUGCAAGGCCUUGUUCAAAGCUUUGGGACUGAACGAGAAGGACUACAAAUUCGGCCUGACUCGAGUGUUCUUCCGACCCGGGAAGUUUGCCGAGUUUGACCAGAUCAUGAAGUCGGACCCGGAUCACCUGGCGGAGUUGGUGCGGCGUGUCAACACCUGGAUCAUCCACAGUCGCUGGAAGAAGGUGCAAUGGUGCGCGCUGUCCGUCAUCAAGCUGAAGAAUAAGCUGUUGUACCGGCGCCGCGCGUGCAUCGUCAUGCAAAAGACGGUGCGCAUGUGGCUCUGCAAGAAGAAGCACAAACCUCGGAUCAACGGCCUGGUUAAGGUGCGCCAUCUGAGAAAGAGGAUGGAGCGCUUCAACGAAGUGGUGGCCGGACUCACGGAGGGCAAGGAGGAGAUGAGCGCUCAGGUUGAGCGGCUGGACGCCGACAUCUGCGCCCUCAUGCUCAAGAUCAAGGCCACAGAGAUGCGGCGCGUGGACAUCGAGCACGACUACCAGGCCCUGGUGGUGCGCUCGGAGCAGCUGCUCAGCGCCUUGCAGAACAAGAAGAAAGAGGAGGAAGAGCGGGAGCGUUUGCGCCGCAUCCAGGAGGAGAUGGAAAGGGAGAGGAAGAGGAGAGAGGAGGAAGAGCGCCGCCGCCAGGAGGAGGAAGACGAGAGACGCGCCAAAGCCGAGAUGGAGAUGAAGAGGAAGCAGGAAGAGGAGGAGAGGAAGAGGAGAGAGGAGGAGCACAAGAGCCUGCAGUUGCAAAUGGAGCAGCAGCUGGAGGCGGACCGCGAGGAGGAAAUCUCGCGGCAGGCGGUUCUGGAGCAGGAGAGGCGAGACCGAGAGUUGGCGCUGAGGAUCGCGCAGAGCGAAGCUGAACUCAUUCCGGAGGACUCGCAGAACGACGCCGCCCUCCGCAGCACCGAGUCGUCGCAUUCGUCGUCUCCCGAACGAGCAGCCGCUUCUGCUGGGCCCAAAGUGCCGAAUUUGAGCAUGGAGGAGAUGGCCAAGGAAAUGAGCGAACUUCUGGCGAGAGGUCCUCAGGUUCAGGCCAGCAAAGCGGCCGGCGCCGCCAACGGCAAAUAUCAACUCAGCAAGUGGAAGUAUGCCGAGCUCAGGGACGCCAUCAACACAUCCUGCGACAUCGAGCUGCUGGCGGCGUGCCGCGAGGAAUUCCACCGCCGGCUGAAGGUCUACCACGCCUGGAAGUCCAAGAACAAAAAGAGGAACGCCGACACGGAGCAGCGGGCGCCCAAAUCUGUCACCGACUACGCCCAGCGGAACCCGGCCCCCUGUGUGCCGGCCCGCCAGUAUGAGGUGUCUCCGGACCGGCAGCAGCGUUUCUUCCGCAUUCCGUUCAUCCGGCCGGGCGACCAGUACAAAGACCCGCAGGGCAAGAAGAAGGGCUGGUGGUACGCCCAUUUUGACGGGCCCUGGAUCGCCCGGCAGAUGGAGCUGCACCCCGACAAGCACCCCAUCCUGCUGGUGGCCGGCAAAGACGACAUGGAGAUGUGCGAGCUGAGUCUGGACGAGACGGGGCUGUCCCGCAAAAGGGGUGCCGAGAUCCUGCCCCGCCAGUUUGAGGAGAUCUGGGAGCGCUGCGGCGGCGUCCAGUACCUGCGCAGCGCCAUCCAGAAUCGGCAGGCACGGCCCACCUACGCCACGGCCAUGCUGCAGGCCACCUUCAAGUGAAGCCAGGCCAGUUUUUCAGCUGUUUUUUGGGUUUUGUUUUUUGCCUUCCCCCGCAAGGCCUCGCCUAACUCGUCAACGUCCUCCCUCCCGGCGAGCGUUUGGAAGAGCGCGCCGCUUUUCCCGCCGCCGCCGCCUCCUCCUUCUUGUUUUCUUGCCGUGCGAUGAAUGAAGCCAAACGCGGACGCUGCUGGAUUAAUUGCGCUUAACGACCAAGCCUGUAAAUGUGAACUAAUGACCAAUAAUGACCAAUCAUGUUGUUUUCCCUUUUGACAUUGGUACGGCGAAGCUAUCCGCUAACAGCUAGCCGACCGGCGAGCUUUUGCCAAUGCCGUUGAAAGACCAAUCAAGCUUUGAUUUUGUCAGCCGUCUUUGAACUGGAAUCGAGCUACCGCACUGGAUCUUUUUGGGUGGGGAGGGGCAACGUUAGCAAUAAAAGCGCCCAAGAAGCCCUGCGUGUCGUUCAAUUUCAAGCGGGUGCUACGCCUGAUCCCACCCAAAACCUCGCUCCAAAAUGGCCCCUGGGUUUUUUUCUGUUUUUUUUUCCUGUCACACGUCUGUCCUCAACAGCAGUCAAUAAAGGCACUGGGGCGUCACCUUA